AUGACCAGAGUCUCCCCUUCUAAAGCACUACAUUACAAUGCUACAGAUCCUCCUAUACAACGUUGUUCUGGCUUUUGGAAUUAUGAUGAUAUUACCACCUGUGGUAGAAUAAAAUACAUACAUUUAGUUCUUCCCCUACUACUUAUGGUCGUAUUAGGUGGCUUCACCUUAUAUAAAAUAUUUAUACACUAUCUCAGGUAUAAAAAUAGUGAUUAUACCACUUCAGAAACAACUGAACGUACUCAUUUACUAAGAGAUUCAAACAAUGGUGAAUUAUACAUUAAUGAGCCUAAUAUUGCAAAUAAUAAUAAAGCAUCUUCAGAUUUAAAAAAUGAACAUUUUAGCAUCAUGAAAUUAAAAUUAACCCAAACUGAUGGCGCACCACAUGGCAUUUCCCAAAUUAUUACUCGAUCUUUUGCAGAAAAAAGCAGAGUUAUUGUAGAGUUUUUUUUAGUUGUCAUUCAAUUUUUCUUACACGGUUACAUUUUCUGCACCUUUAGAAAAAACCAAAACUUGCAGGAUUUUACUUUCCCAGUCUCCAUCACCAAUUUCACCUUGUGGGCCUGGUUAUUAAUUGUCAGCACAUUGCGUUUAUUAAAUAUUAACCAAAAUGUAUCUUGGUGCAAUAACUACCCCGGCAAUUUGUGGGCCGUUUCUUUUACAUCUUAUAUGUUUAUGUUUUUGGGUUCUUUGUUACCGUUCCGUUCUGUUUUAAUCGGCAACAUUGUCAAUCCCAUUUUAAUCAAAUACUAUACUUCUCAAUUUAUCGUUUGUACUACUUUGUUUUUAUUGUUGUUCACUGCUAAAAUUAAGAACGGGUUGCCCUUGAUUUACAAAACUGACCCAAACAUUACACCAUCUCCUGAACCAGUCACUUCCAUUUUAAGUUUUGUAUCAUGGUCAUGGUUGAAUGGAUUUGUCUGGAACGCCCAUUUGAGGCCAGUUACUUUAAAAGAUAUCUGGGGGUUAAGAAUAGAUGACUACGCAGUUUUUGUUUUGAGAAAAUUUAAAUUAUACUGCGAACAUAAAAAAGAUUCAAAAUACUUUUCUCGCAAUUUAAUUUUGUUUUUCGGGAAAUUUUUGGGAUUGCAGGGCUUUUGGGCUUGUCUGGAAAGUGUUAUUGACUUUUUCCCCACUCUUUUAUUGAAAAGAAUCCUAGAAUACGUGGAGAAUCAAAAUUCGGCCCCCAAGAAUUUGGCCUGGUUUUAUGUUGUCUGUAUGCUUGUUUGCAGGUUAUUUGCAGCAGUAUUCUCUGGACAGGCAUUGUUUUUCGGAAGAAGAGUUUGUAUUAGAAUGAAAGCCAUCAUUAUUUCAGAAAUUUACUCCAAGGCUUUAAGAAGAAAGAUUAUGACCUCGUCCAGCAAGCCAUCCACGGAUGCCGUAGAUCCACAGGAACUAAAUGAUGAAAGUAGCGUUGAUGGUGAUGAAGAAUCAAGCACUUCUUCCAAUUUGGGCGGUAUUAUCAAUUUGAUGGCUGUUGACGCAUUUAAAGUUUCUGAAGUUUGUGCCUACUUGCAUUCUUUUGUGCAGGCGCUAGUUAUGACUGUUGUUGCCUUAACUUUAUUGUAUAAAUUAUUGGGCUGGUCUGCUCUUAUUGGCGCUUCAUUAAUGAUUUUAUUAUUACCAAUUACUUUCAGGUUGGCUAAUUGGCUCGGUGACUUACAAAGAAAAAAUUUGGCUGUUACUGAUAAACGUAUUCAAAAAUUAAACGAAACUUUUCAAGCAAUUCGUAUCAUCAAGUUUUUCUCUUGGGAAGAAAAUUUCGAAAGGGAUCUUAUUUCAAUUAGGGACGAAGAAUUGAAGUUGUUAUUAUACAGAUCGCUUGUCUGGUCGUGCUCUGCUUUUGUUUGGUUUAUUACUCCUUCCAUCGUUACGUCUGCUUCCUUUGCCUUUUAUAUUUAUGUUCAAAGAGAAACAUUGACAACGCCUGUUGCUUUUACUGCUUUGUCCUUGUUUACUUUGCUAAGAAAUCCAUUGGAUCAAUUGAGUGAUAUGUUGAGUUUUGUUAUUCAAUCAAAGGUUUCCCUAGAUAGAGUUCAGGAUUUCCUAAAUGAAGAAGACACCGCCAAAUACGAUCAGUUAACUAUUUCACAUGACAAACUUGGAUUUCAAAAUGCCACUGUUGCGUGGGAUAAUGGCAACAAUCAAUUUUUCAAACUGAAAAACUUGAACAUUGACUUCAAAAUAGGUAAAUUAAAUGUUGUUAUUGGACCCACUGGUUCUGGUAAAACUUCAUUGUUGAUGGGCUUAUUGGGUGAGAUGGAUUUGUUGGAAGGUAAAGUUUUUGUUCCAUCUUUAGAUCCAAGGGAUGAUUUGGUUAUUGAAGCGGAUGGGAUGACCAACUCCAUUGCUUAUUGCUCUCAAGCUGCCUGGCUAUUAAAUGACACUGUUAAGAACAACAUUUUAUUUAAUUCACCAUACAACGAAGAAAGAUAUCAUGCUGUUGUUGAAGCCUGCGGCUUGAAACGCGAUUUUGAAAUAUUAAAUGCUGGUGAUCAAACAGAAAUUGGUGAAAAGGGUAUAACCUUAUCUGGGGGUCAAAAACAAAGGGUUUCAUUGGCUAGAGCCUUGUAUUCCUUCUCUAGACAUUUAUUAUUAGAUGACUGUUUGAGCGCCGUUGAUUCCCACACCGCGUUGUGGAUUUAUGAGAACUGUAUUAGCGGACCCUUGAUGGAAAACAGAACUUGUAUCUUGGUUUCUCACAACGUGGCUCUAACGUUGAAAAAUGCACAUUGGGUUGUUAUUUUGGAAAAUGGCAAGGUCAAGGACCAAGGCGAACCCUUAGAACUAUUAAAUAGAUCUUCCUUUGGUGAUGACGAAUUUAUUAAAACAAGUAUUUUAUCGAAAACUGCCUCUUCUGUUAAUUUAGCAAGCAAAAGCGCUGUUGAUCUAAAAAAUAGCAAUAAUACUAAGGAUGCUAAGCCGGUCACGAAAAGGAAUGAUAUUGCAGACCAGAUUAAGGCCAAAGAGGGUAAGUUGAUUGAAGAAGAAACCAAAAGUAACGGUGUGGUUAGUAUUGAUGUCUACAAAUGGUUUGCCAAGCUGUUCGGUGGAUGGAAAAUGGUCUUGUUUUUAGCUUGCGUUUUUAUUGUUGCUAAUGGUACUAACAUUUGGCAAUCAUGGUGGGUCCGUAACUGGGCUUCUCACAAUAUUCCAAGUGCUGUCAUGUCUGUUAUUUACAAUAUUGUACCAAAAACCGUUAGCGGUUUAUUUAUAACUGAUUCCAGUUAUGAGGGAGAAAUAAUAUCUGUGGCCGAGAGCAAGGAAACCCAUUCCACAAAGUUUUAUUUGUUGAUUUAUUUUGGAAUUGGUGUUUUGUAUGCAACUCUUUCUGCUGCCAAGUCUAUUAUUAAUUUUAUUGCGGGAAUUAAUGCUUCCAGAAAAAUCUUUGUCGCUGUUUUGGAGAAAGUCUUGUAUGCGAAACUGCGUUUCUUUGACUCUACUCCAAUUGGUAGAAUUAUGAAUCGUUUUUCCAAAGAUAUUGAAUCUGUUGAUCAAGAAUUAACUCCGUUUGUUGAAGGUGCCUUUAUCUCCUUGGUUCAAUGUAUCUCAACCAUCUUUUUGAUUGGUUAUAUCACUCCUGGGUUUUUAAUUAUUGCCAUAUUAAUUGGUUUUAUGUAUUACUUGGUUGGCUAUUUUUACUUAUGUGGUUCUCGUGAAUUAAAACGUUUUGAAUCUAUUUCUAGAUCCCCCAUUCACCAGCACUUUUCCGAAACUUUGGUUGGUGUAACUACUAUCCGUGCUUUUGGGGACGAGCGUCGUUUCAUGUUGCAAAACUUGAACAAAAUCGAUGAAAAUAAUAAGCCCUUUUUUUUCUUAUGGGUUGCUAAUCGUUGGUUGGCCUUCAGAGUGGACUUAAUCGGUGCUUUAGUUAUUUUCUUUUCUGGCUGUUUUAUAAUGCUUAACAUUAAAAAUUUGGAUGCCGGUUUGGCAGGUAUUUCCUUAACUUAUGCCAUAUCCUUUACCGAUUCAGCAUUGUGGUUAGUUAGGUUGUACUCCAACGUUGAAAUGACCAUGAACUCUGUUGAGAGAUUAAAAGAGUACAUGGACAUUGAACAAGAACCGCAGAAUAAAGAUGGUUUUAUUCCACCAGCAGAUUGGCCCAGUGAGGGGAAAAUUGAUGUUACUGACUUGUCUCUACGCUAUGCUCCUAACUUGCCUAAAGUUAUUAAAAAUGUUUCGUUUACCGUUGAACCAAGUUCCAAAGUUGGUAUUGUAGGAAGAACUGGGGCUGGUAAAUCUACAAUUAUUACGGCACUAUUUAGAUUUUUAGAUCCAGAAACAGGUUAUAUUAAAAUUGAUAAUGUCGACAUCACCUCUAUACCUUUGAAACGCUUGCGUCAAUCUAUCACAAUUAUUCCACAAGAUCCUACCCUAUUUAGUGGGACAUUAAAAACUAAUUUGGAUCCUUAUGAUGAAUUUUCUGAUGAUUCUAUCUAUGAAGCCUUGACCCGUGUCAACUUGAUUACCCCAGAAGAGUUGGACAGUAAAGUAUUGCCAAGUAAUGGAGGUACCGAUGAGUCUGCUUCUAUCACUUCAGAGAAUACCAAUAAGUUUUUAGAUUUAACAAAUGAAGUUACAGAAGGCGGUUCUAAUUUGUCACAAGGUCAAAGACAAUUGGUUUGUUUAGCAAGGUCGAUUUUACGUUCACCAAAAGUUAUGUUGUUGGAUGAAGCCACCGCCUCUAUUGAUUAUAAAUCUGAUGCCAAGAUCCAGCAGACUAUUCGUGAAGAAUUUAGAAAUAGUACCAUCUUAACAAUUGCACACAGAUUGAGAUCUAUUAUUGAUUAUGAUAAGAUUUUGGUUAUGGAUGCUGGUGAAGUCAAGGAAUACGAUCAUCCAUACUCUUUAUUGUUGAAUAAGGAUAGUAUAUUUUAUAGCAUGUGUGAAGAUAGUGGUGAAUUGGAUGCUUUGAUUCAAUUAUCCAAAGAAUCGUUUGUCAGCAAAUUAAACUCUAAAUAA